UUCUAACACUAUUUUCUAAAAACCGCUGCCUUGGGAGACGGUUUAUACGCAAACUGUGCUGCAAGGAGGCGGUUUGUGCUAAACCCUAGCAAAACCUCCUUGGGAGGAGGCGGUUUUAGUGACCGUCUGAUUAGGAGGCGAUCCGACGGCAGACCGUUUGCCAACUCAGCGGUCCGUGUCUUGGUGAAGGAACCGCCCCCUUCCAGCGGCGGUUUUCAAGAAGCACAACCAAAACCGUGUGGGUGGGGGACACGGUUUUUGGGUUGCAAAAUUAUAAAACCGCCCCUAAAUAACGGAGACUAACGCUCAGUGACUAAUGGUGAAAACGAUUCAUGAAAUUAGUGACGAAUAAGACAGAAAAGUAAUUAUAGUGGCAAACGUGAAAAUUUUAAGUAAUUUGAGUAACCAAAUGUGUAAUUUAGCCGCAAAAGAAAUAUAAAAAUCGGAACAGGACUGGUGCAGUGGCUGCUGCCCCACUACUUUAUACAUCCACGUCAGCAGGAGAAAAUGUGAUUUGGCGUCUCUCAUGAGCGUUGAUUUUGAUGAACAGUCCGCCAUCGUCAGCCGUCAGAUCAAUCGUCCCCAAUAUCUUAUCGUCCUCUUCCUUCUCCCCUCUCUCGCUCUCUGGUAAAGCGAAAUCCCGCAAAUUCGCUGCCCGGUAGAUAUUAGAAUCGAGCUAAAAAGAAAAUUUAACGCAUGAUUCACAGCUCUCCCUUUUCUGUGUAUCUCAUCCCAUCUCGCUCGGCCUUUUAUCAGUUACUUUCUCUUGGCGCCCACAUAACCAGGUGAGCCCUUUUCGUCCCCCCAUCACUUUCCAUAGGGAUUUGUAAUCGCUUCAAUUUCAUUUCCCGUCGUGCUCCCUAUUGCUGGCUUGCUUGCAAAAACCCUAAAAGGAAUGAUCUUGGAGAUCUGAGCUUGCGUUUUAGGGUGUCGUAUUCUAUGUGAGAUCCGUUUGGUUCGUUUUCCUUUAUUCAAUCUCGGUUCGGUGGGGGAUUGGGGUGGCACAAACCUUCUUCUGUUUAUUCUAUCCUUUGUUGAUUGUUUUUAACUUUGUUGUUUAUCUUGGUCGAAUUGGGUGAUCUGGGUUCUUGCUUGUUUUGGUGAUUGUUGUUGACUUUGUGUUUUUUUUUUUUUUUGGGUUCAAUCUAGGGUUUUUGUGGCUGGAAUGGAAAAUGAGGUAGAGAGAGUUGUUGGUUUGCCUGAGCUGGGAGAGAAACCCAAUGCGGGAAAUGGGGCUUUGGAGGUUGCAGUAGAGGAGAGAGUUGUGGUGGCAGCUUCAGAUGAAUUGAUGGAGGUAGUAGAGAAGGAUGCUGUGGUUGAGGAGAAGGCGAAGGGUGGCAAGGUUGCUGUGGCCGAGUCCUCUGAAUUGAAGGUUUUGGAAGAUGAGGUGUUUGAGGAGGCGGUUGAUUCACAUGAGGAAUUGCCAAAGGAAGGAAUAAGGGCCGAGUUGGAAGCUGUUGAUGAUGCUAGUUCGGUGGUGGGCGUUGAGAAUUUGGGAACUGGAAAUGAAGCGGAGACAUUCGUGGAGGCAGUCGGUGUUCUUGCACAGGAUGUGAACUUAGAGAUUCCAACUCAGGCGGCAGUUGAGGAUAAGGUGGAAGUUUCUUCGAGCGGUGAGAGCAUUGAGCAAGUAAAUGUUCCUGAAGAGCGUGAGAACUCUGAGGAUGUGGCGUCAGUGGUAGUUGAAGAUAAGGUGGAAAUUUUGUUGGGUGAUGAGAGGAUUGAUAAAGUUGAUGAGCCUCUAGAGGUUGUGAACUCAGAGGAUGUGCCAUCAGUGUCUGUUGAAGAUAAGGUGGAAGUGUUGUUGGAUGGUGAGAGCAUUGAUAAAAUUGACGAGGGCGGGACUAGUAAGGAACAUGAUAUCAACGAGUCGAGUGAAGACACCACCCUGUCUGCAACUUAUGAAAAUGGAUGGAGUGUGGUUUCAAAUGGUGAAGCUAAGGUUGUGGUUACUUGUGAGGAAACUAUACUCAGCCAUGAGAUUCGUCUGCCCGGGGAAAGUGAGAAAAAUGAAGAGGACCCUGGCCUGCCUUCUGAAAACCUGGAUACCAAGGAUGUAGUUGAUGUUGUUGAUACAUUGAUUCGAGUGGAUGAGGACCCUGGCCUGCCUUCUGAAAACUUGGAAACCAAGGAUGUAGUUGAUGUUGUUGAAUCAUUGAUUCGGGUGGACGAGGGCAAAGAAGUGAAUGAGAAUGACAGAAAAUUGGAUACUGAAAUUAGGGAUGAUGACAAAGUUGAGGAACUGAAUCAUGAUGAUAUUGCAGUUACUGAUUCUGUUAAAAGUGUGGCCCUGGUCAAUACAGAUGAAAAUCAAGAAGAUAUUGUCAGCAAUGGGGAGCUCAAAUCGGCUGAAUCCUUAGCAAGUUGUGAGGAAGUGAAAGAUAUUUCAGUUGUUUUCGACACUCCCGUGCCGGAAGUAGCCGUUACACCGAGUUCAGUGGAAGAACUGGUUCUGGAAGAAGCAGGUACACCUGUUUCUGUACCUCUUGAAUCACCUGUGUUGAAAGAAGCAGCGGCAGAUACACCUGUCAGCUUAAUCCUAACUUCUUCAGAGAAGCACGAGGAUGUGAAGAAAAAAGAAGUUAUUCAGCCAUCAGUUUCUGUACCUCUUGAAACUGCUGCUGUGAAAGAAGCAGCAGCAGUUACACCUGACAGUUUAAUUGCGUCAACUUCAGAGAAGCGCGAAGAUGAGAAGCAAAAGGAAAUUAUUCAGCCUUCAGUUGUGGAAGAAAUGUCUAAUGGAGGGGAUAUCAAAACAGUUAUAGCAGAGGGAUCAGGAAAAAAUGUUGAAGCUCAUAAAAAAGAAGAGAAGCAGGAGAUCGAGACUGGUCGUCGUUCAAAUGGGGUUCGUGGAGUUCAGCUUCCACCACCCAAGAUCGCCUCCACCUCUCAAAAACCUGGGCCUCCAGCUGGCCUUGGCCGAGCUGCUCCUUUGCUCGAACCUGCUCAGCGACCUGUGCAGCAGCAGCGUGUCAACGGGACCACCUCCAAUGCCCAAUCCCAACAGAUCGACGAGUCUGGCAAUGGCGAAGGAGAAGAGUUUGACGAAACUCGUGAGAAACUUCAGAUGAUUAGGGUGAAAUUUCUCCGUCUAGCACACAGGCUUGGCCAAACACCUCACAACGUUGUCGUGGCCCAGGUCUUGUACAGACUCGGAUUAGCCGAGCAGCUCCGUGGCAGAAAUGGUGGCCGAGUGGGUGCUUUCAGUUUUGAUCGUGCCAGCGCCAUGGCCGAACAGCUUGAGGCAGUUGGUCAGGAACCACUAGACUUCUCUUGCACCAUUAUGGUUCUCGGAAAAUCCGGGGUCGGCAAAAGUGCCACGAUCAACUCUAUAUUCGACGAGGUAAAGUUCGAUACAAAUGCUUUUCAAUCGGGAACGCAAAAAGUUCAAGCUGUUGUGGGAACCGUUCAGGGGAUUAAGGUGAAGGUCAUCGAUACGCCUGGACUACUCCCUUCAUGGUCCGAGCAGCGGCAGAACGAGAAGAUGCUAAAUUCAGUCAAGAAGUUUAUUAAGAACACGCCUCCAGAUAUUGUGUUGUAUCUCGACCGUUUGGACAUGCAGAGCAGGGAUUUUGGAGACAUGCCAUUGUUACGAACCAUAACUGAUAUAUUCGGUCCCUCGAUUUGGUUCAAUGCCAUUGUGGUCCUGACUCAUGCGGCUUCUGCUCCACCUGAGGGUCCGAAUGGUACUGUCUCGAGCUAUGAUAUGUUUGUUACUCAGCGGUCUCAUAUUGUUCAGCAGGCGAUUCGUCAGGCUGCAGGUGAUAUGCGACUGAUGAACCCUGUUUCAUUGGUGGAGAAUCAUUCGGCUUGCAGGACGAACCGUAAUGGGCAAAGGGUCUUGCCGAAUGGCCAGGUUUGGAAACCUCACUUGUUGCUUCUUUCCUUCGCGUCCAAGAUUCUUGCCGAGGCAAAUGCACUGUUGAAGUUGCAAGAUAGUCCACCCGGGAAGCCUCAUGUGGCUCGAUCAAGACCUCCUCCUCUGCCGUUCUUGCUCUCGUCGCUCCUUCAGUCGAGGCCUCAGGUGAAGCUUCCGACAGAGGACGACGGUGGUGAGGAUGAUGAUUCCGAUGAAGAUGAGCUGGAAGAGGAGGAAUCAGAGUACGAUCUGUUGCCGCCAUUCAAAAGCUUGACGAAAGCUCAGAUCAAGAAGCUGACUAAAGAUCAGAAAAAGGCUUACUUUGAGGAGUUGGAAUAUAGAGAAAAGCUCUUCAUGAAGAAGCAGUUGAGUGAAGAGAAGAGGAGAAGGAAGUUGAUGAAGCAAAUGGCUGCUGAGUACAGUGAUAGUAUUGCCGGAGGAGGAGAAGAAGAAGAAGAAGGGGGAGGAGGACCGGCAACUUCUGUCCCAGUCCCUCUCCCAGAUUUCGCCCUGCCUGCUUCUUUCGAUUCCGAUAACCCUACACACCGAUACCGUUCUCUCGACAACUCAAACAGAUGGUUCAUACGCCCGGUUCUCGAUUCUCAUGGCUGGGAUCAUGAUAUCGGUUAUGAUGGGAUCAAUGCCGAGAGGCUUUUUGUAGUAAAGGAGAAGAUUCCAGUGUCCUUCUCUGGCCAGGUGACUAAGGACAAGAAAGAUGCCAAUGUGCAAAUGGAGGUAGCGAGUUCAGUAAAGCACGGUAAAGGGAAGAAGAAGGCCACCUCGAUGGGUUUCGAUAUGCAGACGGUCGGAAAAGACUUGGCCUACACCCUCCGUGGAGAGACAAUGCUGGGAAGCUUCAAGAAAAAUAAGGCAACAGCUGGCAUGUCAGUUACCUUAUUGGGGGACGCAUUGUCUGCCGGAGCAAAGUUCGAGGACAAGCUGGUUGUGAACAAGAGGUUCAGGAUGGUCGUGUCCGGUGGGGCCAUGACUGGACGUAACGACGUAGCGUAUGGUGGGAGUCUGGAGGCGCAGUUGAGAGAUAAGGACUACCCAUUGGGGCGUUCGUUGUCGACGCUGGGGAUCUCGGUCAUGGACUGGCACGGUGAUCUUGCAGUGGGUUGCAACCUGCAGUCGCAGAUUCCGGUGGGGAGGUCUACGAACUUGAUAGCGCGCGCGAAUUUGAACAAUAAAGGUGCCGGGCAGAUCAGCAUGCGGCUGAACAGCUCGGAACAGCUGCAGAUUGCGUUGGUGGGAUUGUUUCCUCUGCUGCAGAAGCUGUUCUGCAUUCCCCAGCAGUUGCAGUAUGGACAAUGAAGAAAAAGAAGACUUGUAAUGAGGGAUCUCUUCCUUUCUCUUUUGUCUCUAUUUCUAUCUGAGUUUCUUGAAACAGGGCAAUGGUUAGAGUUGAUUUUGAGGAUAUAAUUCCCUUUUUUGCUUUUGGGUUAUAUCUUUUGUGGUAGAAUUGAUCGAUUUAUAGUUUCAUUUUGUUAGAUAUAUCUCCGCUUCUAAAUGUAGUGGUUUUGUUGCAGUAAAAGCCACUGAGCCAAGCAUAAUGAUGGGGUUUUCUCAAUAUGGAAAAUAAUGGGCCUUGUUUAGAAUCUAUUUUGGCUGUGAAAGGAUUGAUUCUCGCGUUUGUACAUUACUUCUCUUCCAUCUUCCAAAUGCUAGCUCAAUUGAUUAAAGCCAUGUACAAAUGGUUUGCUUGAUCACAAUAUUGGUCUGUUCACUUUGAAGUUACCGUAUUAUUUAUAUGUAUACAUAUCUGAAGGAUAAUUAACAUUGAGCAAGGUU